AUGGCACCGCUAACACCCGACCGGGUGAUGGAAGGCAGGCCGUUUGCCGCACGAGACAGUCGUCUUUUCAAACUCCCAUUGGAAAUAUUGUCAACAAUCGUCUGCUUCCUCGACGGGGAUAAACAGUCGUUAGCCUCGCUUGCCCUGGUGAACUCGGACUGCCGCCAGCUGGCACGCUCCUGCCAGUUUCAGACUAUCGUCUUCGACUCUAGUCCCAGUUCUACUCAUCUCCUUGGGAUUCUCAUCUACGAAGCUGCUGAGCGGCCACGAUCUCCGAACCGCCUCACGGAGCGGUUAUCACUUGGUGCAUGCAUCCGCUGCGUCAAGACAAAUUCAAACUACUAUAGAGACCAAAUUCGUUCAUUGAGAACGAAUACUCGGUUACGUAACGAAGAAGCUCGUGACCAAGAAGCUCAAGAAGAGGUCGAUAGGAUCGAAGGCGACUAUGGAGAAAGAAAGCUCGGGAGAUGUCCGUCUGCAGGACACGCACCUACGAACCUGGAUUGGCAUUCGUGA